AAUCGUCGCUGUUCCCACUUUGAAUCAGACAUGGAAGAUGCACGCAAGAUGGCUACACUCAGCCAAGAAGAAAUUAGAGCCAGGAUAGAUCAAGUUUCUGUGCUCGAGACAGACUUGGCAAAGGCACGCGAACUUUGUCCAGUCUAGCCACGGUGCGAGAUAUCGAACACCAAGUGGAAUCGAAGGAUCGUACAAUUGAGGCACUUGGGCUUUGUAUCCGCGAACAAGCAGAGACAUUAGAAUAUAUUUCCAAAACUCGACUUGAAACCAAUACACCUGACCCCACCCCUUCGCUUGACCUUUCCGAAAAGCACUUUGAAGCCAUGACCUACGAUCAGUUUUCGCAGUUAUGUGACCGAAUCCAAGCCGAUCCUGAUUCGCUUGAAGGAAAAUUGGCACUCCAGUGGUUACAAGCUACAAGUCACAACAUAAAUGAUGUACAGACAGAUGAUGAAGAAAAUGAUACCCGUUCUAUGCACCCUUCCUUGUCUGUUCGCUCCCACCCUCCGCCGUACUCACACGCAAAUGAUCUUCAUGAAUUCCCCGCCACAAACACGCCUGAUGAGGAGUGUGUACCAUAUUCCCAAUCUAUUGACACAAGUCCCAACCACUACAUUAUUCUCUUAAUGGCUAUAGUAAUCCUCUAUUCCUUCUUAUAAAAAAAAGACUUGUUUUAUAUAUCUAUAUACAUAUAUAACAUAUUUCUCGGCAUUUAACCAUUUGAUUAUAUCUUUCCUUUCAUUUCAUUUUCUCUUCUUUAUAUAUUCAUGCAUCAAGCAAUACGACACAUGUACACAAGCUAUUAGCUAAAUACCUAAAUACUUAAAUACUUAAAUCAAUAAAUCAAUAAAUAAAUGUUCAUAUUUCAUGUUUGUAUUUUAUUAUAUG